GUCACUUUUUAUCUCGCCCAACAGCUUAUCAUUCCUAGCAAAGAUGCAAUUUUCUACAGCUUCUGUCAUGACUUUAGUCCUUGGCUUAGGACUAUCAGUUCAUGGAUACAUACUUCCUCGGGCCCUGAAUAAAGCUAACGAGUAUCCGGAAGAAAAAUGUCUGGCCAAAAAUGGAUCUAACAAGCCUACUUGGGCCCACACCCCAAGUCUCUGUGCCUGCGUUUCUCUUGACAAGACAGAUGUCUCUGCCUACUUGGUUGCUAUGUCUGGACAGCGUAUGCUUGCAUACUCCAACCAGAACUGCAACCCCGGAAUAAACGGCGAAGAUGGCCUCGGCGAUAUUGGUGGGGGCUGUGCCGAAUUGGACACACACUUCGCGGAAGGCAGAAUUGGGAGUGUGUACUGGUAUACACCAGCCAUUUGCGAGAUUGGAGAGGCAAUCCUGGACGGCUUCGAAGCUUUCGUUACUGAUGCCACUAAAAUGGCGAUUGAUGGAAUCAUCGAGGUCCCGAAAUAAGGAAACGCGGGAUCUAGAUAGUCUUAGUGCUAAUAUUGA